AUGUCGGAGCCCGCUCAAUCACCACCCAAGGAUGCCGAGCAACCUGUUCAAUCCCCUGGCGACGAGGGACAAAUGGACGACUCCCAGGAUCCCACUGGCGCCUACGACUUUGACGGCGUCAAGGAACAAGAUAGAUGGCUGCCUAUUGCUAAUGUUGCCCGAAUCAUGAAGAAUGCACUGCCUGACAAUGCCAAGAUUGCCAAAGAAGCAAAGGAAUGCAUGCAGGAAUGUGUAAGCGAGUUCAUCUCCUUUAUUACUAGCGAAGCUUCGGAAAAAUGUCAGCAAGAGAAGCGCAAGACUGUCAACGGCGAGGAUAUCCUGUUCGCCAUGACAUCGCUCGGAUUUGAGAAUUAUGCCGAGGCCCUGAAGGUGUAUCUCUCCAAGUACCGAGAGCAACAAAAUGCGACCAACCGUGAGCGCGCCGCGGAGAAUAUUCCAUGGGGUAGCUCCGCAGCGGGCGGCGACCGGCCAGGAAGUGCCGGUCCCGCGACUGCUGGUUCCAACACUGGAGAGUUUGCCGAGGGCGCAAGCACCGCCGAGCCGUCGGCCGACCCCAAUUACAUGUACAGCUCCGGUGGCACUGCACACAACGGGUCUGCCCCAGCUACCGGCUCUGCUGAGGGUUACUAG